CAGCGAGCGGUAACGUUCGAUCCGAGAACGCGCCGGUGUAACGUUCACGCGAAUUUUGCUAACUGGCUUAAAAGUUUCCCAAAGCAAUUUUUAUAAAGUUCCAGGAUUACACACAAAAACUAAUUAAAUAUUAAAAAAUUUAGUGAUAGUUAAAUAAUCUUUAGUGUAAUACAAAUAUUUAAUAAGGAUUGUCAAUAACAUCAGAUGCUUCACAAUCGACAGCGAGCGCAAUGCGCGGUAGUACUCCAGAUGGGAACGCCUACCACGCAGCGUACAAGAGCUACUCGACACUAGAGGGCGCCACGUACCAUCAUUCACCUACAUUGCCGGCAGAUGGCGUGGUUAAAGCCAACGGAUUGUGCAAUAGUGUGCAGAUGAGACACAACGGCAAUCAGGGGAUGGCGGGCGUCGUUGCCUCCUACGGCGUCUACCAGCAGGACGAACCGGACGACGACGAUGACCACGGCUUUGCUAAUGCCAACUUUCAUGGGAAUGCCGGACGUGGAAUGGUGGUGAACGCGGGGGGUGCGGCAGUCGUGGUGGAUCAACGCCAUUGUCCGGCGAACACACCCGCCGCCACCACCACCAACUCCGAGGGGUGGAUGACGUGCUGUCGGCCCAUUGUCCUCCUGCUCACGCUUGUCCUGCUCAUCAUCGUGUUUGUUUUUGUGUCUGGUGUUUUACUCUACAUCAAUUACGUUGCCUACAAGCCAAGACAAUCGUACGUUGAAGAGCCAUGCGAGAAGACUUUCUGCGCGUGGGGCGCACAGUGCGUGACGGGCGCGGACGGAUCGGCGCGCUGCCAAUGCCCGACGCACUGCCGCCCCCACGCUGAGCAGCCGGUAUGCGGGGGUGAUGGGCGCACGUACGAGAGUCAUUGUCACCUGCGUAUGGCUGCGUGUCGGGCUCGUCUCAAUGUACGCGUUGUUCAUGAUGGGAAAUGUGGACAAAACGAUCCUUGUAAAGAUAAACAUUGUCCUUAUGGAGGACGAUGUGUGCCAACCACAGAUGGGAAAAAUAGCACCUGUCAAUGUCCGACAAAAUGCCCUAAUUACGGUGAUCAUGCAGGAUCACGUCCUGUUUGUGGUUCCGACGGACAGGACUAUGAUAAUCAGUGUGAAUUACGUCGAGCUGCUUGUCAUGCUGGAGUCAACAUUACUGUCAGAUUUUCGGGGAAAUGCGAUCCCUGUGAUGGGGUGGCUUGCGCUCCGCCGGCCAUCUGCCAACUGGACGAGCGUCGUCAUCCAGCGUGUCGAUGCGAUGAAAAUUGUCCAAAGGAUUUCGACCCUGUCUGUGGAACCGACGGCAGGACCUACGUCAAUGAGUGUUCCUUGCGGCAGGAAUCUUGUCGCCAGGGUAAAAAUCUUGGUGUUGUUUAUAGAGGAAAAUGCAGUUCAGGUAUUAACCCAUGUGCAAGUGUAAAAUGCACACUUGGAGAGUCCUGUACAAUUGACAAAUUUGGAAUAGCGCGAUGUGAAUGUCCUUCGCAAUGUCCUCCUAUUUUAAAACCGGUUUGUUCAAAAGACGGAAGGACUUACGGCUCGGAAUGUGACAUGCUCCGAGAGGGGUGUUUGGCGCGUGUGAAAUUGGAAGUGGACUAUGUGGGUGUAUGCGGAAAUGCCAACCCGUGUAACAAGGGUGGCGGGGGGUGUCGUCAUGGUGCAGUAUGUAUAGUGCGCGGCGAAGACAUUCACUGCGAGUGUCCAAAGUGCUCCGAAGUUUUUGAACCCGUGUGCGGCAACGAUGGCGUGACUUAUGUUAACGAGUGUCUUCUUAAACGCGAGGGAUGUUUAUCAAAAACUGAUUUAACUAUAAAUUACAUUGGAAUUUGCGAUGAAUGUCUUCAGAAACAAUGUGAUUUUUACUCAGUGUGCCAAAAUAACGCCGAAGGGGUUGAAGGAAGUGCAAAAUGUGUUUGUCCAGAAUCAUGUGACCUAUUUGAAGAUCUCAAGCUGCGGGGUAACGAGACAGUAUGCGGAUCAAACGGUGCCACCUACGCGAAUGAAUGCGCGCUACGCAUCGCCGCCUGCGGAGCAGAGCAAAACAUAAUGGUCGCUUACAAAGGCGAUUGUGAUCUCUGCUCGGGAGUGGAAUGCAAACAUGGCGGGCGUUGCGAGGCGGGCGAGUGCGUCUGUCCUACAAGGUGCGAUACGGCCGGUGAGGAACCGGUGUGUGCUUCCAAUCUUACCACGUUUCGAAAUGAAUGUGAACUUCAGCAAGCCGCAUGUCAACAACCCACAACAUUACAACCCUCAUCAAGAUCUUCGCUCCAAAGCGAUCAGCGGCUGACAGUUUUGUUCUACGGGGAUUGCAGAGAGAGAUUUCCAGUACCUGGCACAUUUACAACAGAUUCUUCUACAAUGGUUUUAUCUAAUGGUCAAACAGGUCAAACCUUUGAAAUAUCUUGGACUUAUGUUUCUGUUAUACCUGACCCCAGCCCAAGUCCAACAGAUGGUUGUAAAGAUAUACAGUGUGAUUACGAAGCAACCUGUGAACUUGGCACGGAUAAUUUCCCACGUUGCAUUUGCCAAUUUAAUUGUUCUUCCAGUCCUGAAGUAGAUCUGAAACCUGUGUGUGCUUCCAACAUGAGGAUCUACCCGUCACUCUGCGCUAUGAAAGCGGAGGCUUGCCAAAGUCAAUCUGAAUUAAGGUUAAGACCCUUGGAUCUUUGUCAGGGAAUGGAGGUUAAACCUUGUAAUGGUGAUAAACCACUUUUGGAUCAUGUUACUGAGAAAGAACUGGAUUGUGGUAAUGGUCCACAUAGGCAGGAUUGUCCUUCAGGGAGUUAUUGUCAUCAGACUACUAGGUUUGCCAGGUGUUGUCUUAAAGAUCAAACUUUUUCACAAAGUUGUGAGACAUCAUGGUUUGGAUGUUGCUCAGAUGGUAAGACUCCAGCACAAGGUCCUGAGCAAUUGGGUUGUCCUGUAAUGUGUGGCUGUAACAAACUUGGAGCUUAUUCAGAAGCUUGUGAUUCUGUUACCAAUGCCUGUAAAUGCCGACCUGGAGUUGGAGGAGAAAAAUGUGAUAGGUGUGAACCAGGUUACUGGGGUCUUCCAAAAAUAUCUUCAGGGCAUCAUGGGUGCAUUCCAUGUGGUUGUUCUACUUUUGGAUCAGUAAGAGAUGACUGUGAACAAAUGACAGGCCGUUGUGUAUGCAAACCAGGCGUGCAAGGUCAAAAGUGUACAGAGUGUUCAUCAACCACAAAACUACUCACCUCAAGUGGUUGCAUAUCACCAGACUUAGCAAAACAACCUGUAACCUCAUGUAAAGACCUAACCUGUCACUUUGGAGCUGUCUGCAUGGAGCGUAACCAUUUUGUUUACUGUGAAUGCCCAGUGGAAGCUCAAUGUUCAGAACCAUCUGAAGAUAAUUCCAAUCAAAUAGUAUGUGGAUCCGAUGGUCAAACAUAUCCAAAUGCUUGUACACUCAGAAAAAUAGCAUGUAAACUUCAGAAAGACAUUGUGGUCCAAACAUUUGGUCAAUGUAAACCCACAGAAGUAUAUGGUUCUGGAACUGAUUGGCCUGUUAAACACUACACGCCAUUACAGUUUACCCAAUCUGAUGAUUCAAAUUCUCCGCUGUCAAAAUCUACAAGACAUUUAUUACAUAUACAGAAAUAUCCAAAUCCUAAAUAUGAUAAUGGUUUGAAUAGUCAUACCAAACAAGCCUUCAGACCUACACCUGCAACUGUCAGGGUGUUUACUGCUCUUUUGGGUGACCUGUGUUCAGAAUCUUUUGACUGCCCUAUUGUAUACAGCCAUUGCGUGCGGGGAGCUUGUUCCUGUUUACCAGAAUACUCUGAAUCACCAGAUAGACAGGAAUGUAUCAUUUCUGAAAUUCCUCAGAAACCUGAAGAGGUUAGGAAAUAUGAAGUCCCUUCAUUUGAUGGACAUUCUUUCAUCAGAAUGAAACCUCUGAAAGCCUAUCAUAAACUGAGUAUUGAACUAGAAUUCAAAACCUUUUCACCAGAUGGUAUCCUGUUUUACAAUCAACAAUCUUUGGAGCUUGCGGGACCAAAAAACGAUUUUGUUUCAUUGGCUCUUAGAAAUGGUUAUGUUGAGUUCCGAUACAAUUUAGGAGAUGGUCCUGUUGUAAUAACCUCAUUAGAAAAAGUAACUCCAGGAGAAUUUCAUCGGGUUGUAGCAAAACGAUAUCACAGAGAUGGUAUGCUUCAACUUGAUGAUGGUGAAAACGUUGCUGGACAAUCAUCUGGUAAACUAAGAGCGUUGGAUCUAAAUGAAGAUGGUUACCUUGGAGGUGUACCAAAUCACUAUACAGAAUUUUAUUCAAAAAUCUAUAAAAAUAUUGGUAUAACAGAAGGUCUUCAGGGAUGUAUCAAAAAGCUCAAAAUUGGUCGUAAAAAUAUUGAACUCCAUGAAGGUUUCGAUGAUACUAUAAUUCACACAGAAAAUAUUCAAGAAUGUUCCAAUAACUAUAAACCACAAAUUUUACAACAGAAACCUAUUGAUAUUAUCAACAAUGAUUUUAUACCAGAAUUUGAUGGUGUGAGCUAUAUGCAAUAUCCUAGUUUACCAAACAGUGGGUCUUUCAACAUAUCAAUGACCUUUUUAAGUAAAGUUAGAAAUGGUCUUCUUUUGUAUAAUGGACAACUAAAAACAGGUCGUGGGGAUUUUGUAUCUUUAUCAUUGAUUAGAGGUCAUCUACAGUUUCGGUUUAAUUUGGGAAGUGGUAUUGCUAAUAUAACGACUAAAGAAGUAAUAAAUUUAAAUACUUGGUAUUCAGUCAAAAUUACUCGGAAUGGACGAGAUGGUACCCUUCAACUUGACAAUGGUACCAUAUUCACAGGUUAUUCAGGUCUACCUUUGACAGAGUUGAAUUUGGGACUUCCUUUGUUCAUUGGAUCAAUGAGAAAAUGGUCAGACAUUCACCGGUUGGCAGGUGUUGCUAUCGGUUUCAAAGGAGCUAUCAAAAAUAUCAAAAUUAAUGAUAUUUCUCUCAACACCUCCAAAAUUGAAUGCACUCCAAAUACAAUUGAGUAUCCCAAAACCGGAUGUGUAUAUAAAAUCGGUGUCUAUGACGGCCCGCCGUGUCCCUUACGCGGCCACCCUUGUCAAAAUGGCGGCAGAUGCACGAGCCACCUUAAUAACUACGUUUGUCACUGUCUAGAUGGUUACGAGGGUCGGAAUUGUGGCAUUUUGACAGAUAAAAAUCCAGCCAUUAGAAUUUCGGGAGGAAUGUUUCUGACAUAUAGUGAUCCAUCAUAUCAUAGUCAUAACUUAUCCAACGAAUUAUCAUCCGUUGAGGAUAAUAUUUUAUCAAAAGAUAAGUUCAAGUCGAAAAAGCUCAGCGACGAGGUAAAUCAACCCGGUGGAAAUGAUGAUGGCACCGAAAACGAAGCGGAGUUUUACGACCCGUCCGGGGCACCGAAUGGGGUUGGGGAUAGUAUGAGGGUGAAGCGCGAACGUGGCAGUCGUUACGAAUUCAGGUUGCGCACCACCACCCCCGACGGCCUGCUUUUAUGGCGCGCCGACGACGAGGACUAUUUUUCAAUCGCCCUCGUCGCCGGAUAUCCGGAAUUGAGUUUUAAUCUUGACAACGCCAGCGGCAGCAGCUAUACAAUCAAGUCAGCGACGAGUGUAAAUGAUGGCAAAUGGCAUACGUUGCACGUACGCCGGAAAAACGGCAUUGGUUUCAUUCAAGUUGAUGAGGAAACGCCUCAUGAAGAGUUUUUUAAUGAAAAAGGAAAAGAUUUUGGGAAAAUAUCUAAUUUUUACUUAGGUGGAGCGCCAUUACUACCUCCAGAUCUUCCAACUGAGUACUACCAAAGUUUUGAUGGUUGCCUAUCUUAUGUACAUGUAAAUUCACACAAAGUCAAUCUUCAUAAUCCUGUUAAUCCAUCAAAAAUAGAAAUUUGCGACACAAAACACUGAUAACAACCGUGAGACUGAAUGAAACAUUUCAAAACACUUUGUAUAUAAACACAGCCGCUGUAAAUAUUAGCGUAAGUUGUUGUUAACUAUCAAAACAAGAGAAAAUAUUGCGCGUGCCACAUAUGUCUAAAUCUACAAUUUUAAUUUUUGAAAACGCUUUUAGCUAAAAGUAAAAGAAUCAUUUUGUGCAUAUCACACACUUGGCAAUAACUAAUUUAAGUUCAUGUAUAUUUUCAAAGAGAUUUUAUUUAUGUAAAUUAUGUAAAUAAAUGUUGCGAGUUUUAUAAUAUUAAACUUGAAAGUUCUGUUAAUUAGAUGAAAAAAUGAAAAUGAAGCAAUUUUUUCGGUUUAUAAUGAAAACUUGAUAUCAAUAUUAUAAAAUGUUUGUGUUAUAGCAAAAUUUAUGUAAUAAAAAUUAUUAAAACAUGAGUAUAUUA